UCCAGAACUGAUUGGCAGAAACUGCAGCUUUACAGAAAUGGUGCUGAACUUUCUCCUGCGAUUCUUGUUGCCAGUUGUGGCUGCUCUCACAUCUCUUACCACAGGUGUUGAAAGCCAGAUGAUUGGUGAAGACAUCUGGACAUCGUUCAUGCCAUACCCAGUUUAUCCCACAGUCAACUUUCAAGUCCUCAACCUGCGCCAUGUGUUUGUGAGGCAGAAAAAUCUAGAACCAGCAGGGAACUCCAGUGUGAAGGCUCAGACCUUUCUUGUCACUGGUCCAGGAUUUGGGCCCCUCCAGCCUGCUGUCAGUGCUUCAUUUGGUCCCCUGGCUCUAGAUGCUCCCAUUCCUCCAGAUAUGCUCCUCAGUGGCCACAGGAUUCUUCCAACAAUUUUGGCUCGCCAAGUUCGUUCAUCGUCCCCAACAAUCAAAAUCCUUUUCUACAUGCCCACAGAAACGAAUGAGAUUGUGCUACAAGGAGGAACACGGCCUGGAAAACGUGAUGGGGUAAAAAUGCUUGACGCCAAGGACAGGGCUCACUGUGUGACCGCUUAUGCCUUCUGGGAGACGCAGGAAGUUCGUGGCGCAUGCUUGGUGUCUCCAGGUGGGUUCUGUGUUGCCCAGCUGAAGCCUGAACCAGCCUGGUUCAGCCCAGCCAGCCGAUCAAGCAGCGCCAGCAGGGAGGGGGAUAGAACUGAAGGAUUGAAAGAUCUGAAGGGAAACCUUGUGGAGGUGUACUUCCAGAGUCGGAGAGAUCAGACUGGCCAGUGUACUCCCCAGGAUAGCCUGCAACGUGUGGGCGUGGGACGAGGAGGAGCUUCCAGGAGCUCAGGGACACCAAUGAGGCGGAUAGGGAGCGUAAAUCUGUAUAAAACUCCACCAGGCAACCCCACUUUCUUUAGACUAAGACUGGGAGGAAUUGUGGUGAUCCAGACCUCUUCUAAGCCCCUGAAGACCACAGACACAGCAACUUUCUACAUCUUCAUGUCCAGCACAUCUACACUGACAAAUUUCACCCUCAGGGCGACGGUAAAACCAGGCCUGUCAUUCAGAGCAGCGCGACCCAGCAAUCCAACGCAGUGGGACGUGGCGGCGGACCCCGGACGAGGAGGAGCCUCAAACACCAUCUCUGUGGCCUGCCAGAGGAAAGCUGCUGUGACUGCAAAGAGGGGCCUCCUAGAGGUCUUUCAGCUGGACUUUGUGCCAAACAAUGUUUCACAACAGAUUGAGAGUCAUGUCAUUUCCUGGCGUCUGGAGUCACUUGGAAACAUCAAGGAUGUGGGUGCGAUGCAGAUCUACAGCACACCAAAGGACUACGUGGGCCUGGCGCCAGUGGUCAUGAACACUGACAUCUUGAAUACUGCAGUUCUGACGGGUAAAAUGGUGUCUGUGCCUGUGACGACUCUGGCUGUGGAGGUCGAUGGCUCGGUCACUGACGUCACUAACUACACCAGCUGCACGUCCACAGACCAGGAUGUUGUCAAGGUUUCGGAACGAUGUGACUGCGUGUAUGUCGACGGGAAGGAGUCAAAAGGAAAAAGCAGAGUGUUUCUCAACUUCACUUACAGUUUCUUGAGCGCACAGUUGGAGAUGAGUGUGUGGAUGCCCCAACUGCCCUUACUCAUAGAUUUGGCCGACCCCGAGCUGAGCCAGAUAAAGGGCUGGAGGGUUCCAAUUACAACAAGCAACAGGAGAUCCACAUGGGACAGUGAAGAGGAUGAGGACAUGAGGAAGGGCAGAGGCUGCAUGUUGCAGUACCAGCACUCUACCAUCAAGGUCCUCACUCCCUUUACUGCCCCGGCCGACUCUGAGGUGAUGCCAGAUCCUCUAACUGGGGUGGUGCCUGUUGAGUAUUUCCUUGGCCCUGAUUGGCAGGUGGAUGUUACUGAUCUUGUUCGAUAUUCUCUGAAAGUGGUUGACCCUGAAGUGGCCAGAGUGCAGGAUGGUGUGUUGCUGCAGGGAAGAUCUGUGGGCACUACCACUGUGCAGGUGCUGUCCCCUUUGACGUCUUUGGUCCUGGCUGAGAGGAGCAUCAAGGUGUUAGAUGAUAAAGUGAGCGUGACUGAGCUGGGGGUGCAGUUUGUAUCUGGACUCUCUCUGUCCCUGAAUCUCAGCCCAGAGAGCAACCGAGCCAUCAUCGCCACCGCAACCACACAGGAAGUCAUCACACAUCUCAAACAGGAAGCAGCGGUCAGCUGCUGGGUUCAGUUCAGUGACGGCGCACUCUCGCCUCUGACGUUGUUUGACUGCAGUAUCUACUCUUUGACAGUUUCCACUCCAGACGAGGCGUUGGCCACGGUGCGUCGCACACCACAGUCCACCUUUCUAGUAGCACAGGGUGAAAAUGAAAGCCAGGGGGCACUAGUACGAGUGGAGCUGAGGAUCUGUGAAGAAUGCCAGAAGUCUAAGAGGAAGAGCAAAUUGGCAGUAGGUGCAGGGCUCCUCAGGAUCCGCUUCCAAAAUAACAGCUCAAUUACUAAUGGUUCUGUCACUGACAGAAAUAAAGAUAAUGAUGGUGAUACAUCAGAACUGGCUGGAGUGCCUAAAACAACAGUGACAUCACAACAUGCUGUGACAAAUGGGAAGAAAAUGUUGUUUGGAACUAAAACACCUGACCAACAAGAGCUGACCAUGCUGAGAGAAAGUUCCACCUCAUCCACACUUUCAACCAGCUCCAUUCAGUCAGAUGUGUGGACUGGAACUACAGUUAGACCCGCGAUAAUGACAACAUAUUCCAUCACAGUCAGGACUGAUGCUGUCCCCAGUACACCAACCAGCCGUGGAAAAUCUCUUAUAGGUACAACAGCAGGUGUAGUCAGUCAACAAAAUAAGCAGAAGAAAAGCUAUGGAACCAUGCUUAACAAACCAGUUGCAACCAUUAAGAAAGAAAUCCCAAAGAAGGAGCCUCCUAAACCUAAAUCUCCCAAGGUAAUUGACAGCAACCUUGUUCGGACAUUCCGUUCCAUGUCUGAUAUGGAGAUCGGUAUGUAUACUUUGGUGGGGGUUUCGAGCGUUGCUAUCCUGGCGUUCUUGCUCAAUUGUGCAUCAUAUAAUCUCUGCUUCCGUAAUAACAAAACCCCAGUACAGGCAGCCCCCCCACCCAGCGGAGACCCAAAAGAACAUAAGCAUGACUGGGUGUGGCUGGGGAGCAACAAUGGAAGCACCCCAGCUCAUGGUGCCCCAGCCCAAGUUUCCACAUUAAAACGGGAGGCUCAUCGCUCUUUGGAUUCCCAUCGGUCACUCAACUCUAUAGGUAGCCACAGCCAUGAAAGCACCCCUGCCAUCCCCGAAAGAACAGCCACCCUGGGCCGCAGCAGGACCAGCUCCCAGCACCAGAUAAAGGCAAUAAAUGCCCUGGCAUGUCGAUCCGCCACUUUGCUGGUCAGACCGCACCGCAGCGAGCCGCUGCAUUCACCCACCAGCAAGAGAAACCAGGUCCAGUUCACAACUUUCACCACCCUGGACAUCAAGCACUUGGCUGCCCUGAAGAAAAAUGGUGUGGACUAUAACUGGGCUGACCAACAGAAGCAGCAAGACCAAACCCCUACUGAGGGCCAAACACCUUUACCUGACAUGCCAUGGCCUGUUGUUAAACCCGUAGGAGAGUCCCAGUGAGUUUGCACGAUGUGUGUGUAUGUUUGUAUGCA